AUGCAUGAAAUCACUGUGACAGUUGCUCAAAAUGCAGAAAAUGCAUUAAUCAUUGAUGCAGAAUUAGAAAAACAGCAGAUCCAAUGCACUACUUCUCCAAACAGAGUGGUACUUCUUUAUUGUGAAUGGUUUGAUCCUUCUAGAGCUGGUACUAGAGUCGAUCCACGCUUUAAUAUUGUCGAACUGAACCAGAGAUUAAGAUAUGGGCCUUUUGAUCCUUUCAUUCUACCAUGUAAUGUCAGACAGGUUUAUUAUGUGCCAUAUCCACCAUUUCGCAAUAUUGACAAGCGUGGUUGGGCCGUAGCAAUACAAACGAAGCCUAGAGGUCGCAUAGACUCAAAUGAAGUUGAGGAAGAUGUAGCCUACCAACUUGACCAAAUGUCACAAUCACAAGAAAUUAUCGAAGUUGAACGUAUAACCGCAUUGGUCGACCCUGAUGGUGAUGGAGAUGAAUUAGAAGCAACAAUACAAGGUGAUGAAGAACAAGAGGAAGAAGAAGAAGAAGAAGAAGAAGAACAAGAAGAAGAAGAUGAUGAUGAUGAUGACGAUGAAGAAGAAGAACAAGAAGAAGAAGACGAUGCUGAAGAUGAAGAUGAAGAUGAUGAUGAUGAUGACGAUGAUUGAAUGUUGAACAUCUAUUGUAGCAAAUUGGACUA